CACACCCCGCGUCUCACCCGCUUUUUGCACAGUUUUUCCCCGUCUUUUGGACUUGGUGCUGCUAGGGUUGCAGCGAGGGCCCGCGCGAUGCCCCGGAAGAGUAUCGUGGAGGUGAAGGUGCUGGAUGUGCAGAAGAGGCGGAUCCCCAACAAACACUAUGUAUAUAUUAUCAAGGUUACCUGGUCCAAUGGCUCUACAGAAGCCAUCUAUCGACGGUACAGCAAGUUCUUCGACUUGCAGAUGCAAAUGCUGGACAAAUUCCCUAUGGAAGGAGGACAGAAAGACCCUAAGCAAAGGAUCAUCCCCUUUCUGCCAGGCAAGAUUCUUUUCCGACGAAGCCACAUCCGAGAUGUUGCCAUCAAGCGUCUUAUACCCAUUGAUGAAUACUGUAAGGCUCUGAUCCAGUUGCCACCAUAUAUAUCUCAGUGUGAUGAAGUCCUUCGGUUCUUUGAGACAAGACCAGAAGAUUUAAAUCCUCCCAAAGAGGAGCCAAUUGGAAAGAAGAGAGCUGGAUUUAUCCAGAGAACGGCUUCUUUCCUUCUGAGAGGAGGAGAUUUGGCAUCUGCUGAUCCUAUGGUCCUGGAACAGUAUGUGGUGGUAGCAGAUUACCAGAAACAAGAGAGCUCUGAGAUAAGCUUGUGUGCAGGACAAGUGGUGGACAUAAUUGAGAAGAAUGAAUCUGGUUGGUGGUUUGUGAGCACAUUGGAUGAGCAAGGUUGGGUCCCAGCUACAUGCCUAGAAGUCCAGGAUGGAGUCCAGGAUGAAUUUUCAAUGCAACCUGAAGAAGUCUCAUGGAGAUACUGGUCUCUUCCCAGACACAUGGGCCGCCGCCGGACUCUUGGGGACUUGUACAACAGUGGAUGGGCCCAAGAGGAGAAGUAUAUGGUAAUUUACCCUUACACUGCUCGGGACCAAGAUGAAAUGAAUUUGGAGAAAGGGGCUGUAGUGGAGGUCAUGCAAAAGAACUUAGAAGGAUGGUGGAAAAUCAGGUAUCAAGGUCAGGAGGGCUGGGCCCCAGCAUCAUACCUGAAAAAGGGGAGUGGGGACAUGUUUCCACCAAAACUGGGAUCUGCUUCUGCUCACUCAUAUGCACUGGAUUUGGAUGGAGUUUCUCGGCAGCAGAAUUCAGGUGGCCGGGACAAGGAUGGGCCAAACAACCAAAGAGAUGGAAGGUUUGAUGGCCGCCCAUUGCCAAAUGUGGACUUUAGGAGAAAGUCACCAAAGAUGAGGCAGAGACCUCCUCCUCGUCGAGAUCUCACAAUACCACGUGGCCUCAACUUGCCUAAACCUCCUGUGCCUCCACAAGUGGAAGAGGAAUAUUACACCAUUGCUGACUUCCAAACCACUAUCCCUGAUGGUAUCAGCUUCCAAGCAGGACUGAAAGUGGAGGUGAUUGAGAAGAAUAUGAGUGGCUGGUGGUAUAUUCAGAUUGAAGAGAAGGAAGGCUGGGCACCAGCUACUUUUAUUGAUAAAUACAAGAAAACAAGUAAUGCAUCUAGACCAAAUUUCUUGGCCCCACUACCAAGUGAAAUGGCACAGCUGCGGCUUGGCAAUGAUCUUGCAGAGAACAGCCCCAAUGGAGAACAACUUGGGCCAUCCAGGCCUCUGCCUGAAGCACCACCUAAUGGUAUAGACUGUGGAGCAAAAUGGAAAGGGAAUGAAGUUUUCAAGGGUGCUGUUCCUGAAAGCAGUGAUGCUUCUCUGUGUGUUGGCUAUGAGGAGAUCUGUGAUCGGGAUACAGAGGAAAAACCAAGCCUCCCUCCUAGGAAGGAGUCUAUAAUUAAGUCUGAAGAAGACUUAAUGGAAAGGCAGCGGUUGGAGCAAAGGCCACCUCCUAAGCCUCCUGUCAUGGGUUUGCCCAUGAUUCCCCCAAAGCAGAGCAUCCCUCCAAGGGACAAGAAACCAGAGCUCAAAACAGAAAAGGGGAAAUUGUUCCAAUUGAAAAAUGAAAUGGGAUUAGAGUGUGGACACAAAGUUUCUCCCAAGGAAGUCAAGAAGCCAAAUCUCCGGCCUAUAGUCAAGCCAACCAAACCAAAAAUUGAGCCCCCAGAAGAUAAUAAAUCUGAGCCAGCCGCGCAAAAUGUGUUCUUGAAAUCAAAACCUCAGAUCAGACCCAAGCCAUCACCAGCCCCUAGGACAGAUUCUCCUCAGGCAGAUGAUAAAGUAGACAUUUGCAAUCUGAGGAGCAAACUCCGUCCUGCAAAGACUCAAGAGAAACCUUAUGACCAGGAAUCCAUAUCUAGUGAGAGUGCCUUCAGUAACAAUGUGCUUCCCCUAGAAUCUUCUGUCAGAUCUCAGGAAAGAUCAAAUACAGAGGCAAGGCCUCCAUCCAGACCAGAUAGCCAAGUCUUUAAGGAGCCUCCUUUACCCAAAGUUCCCUUUGGCUCCCCAAAGACGGGUGAGAGUGAGCCAAAGGGCACCUUUCUUGUUCCCAGAGAACCACCCCAGCGGCCCGUAGUACCACCCCGGAGGCCUCCUCCUCCUAAGAAAGCUUCUGUUCCAUCACCUACCUCUUCAUCUGUUCCUUCUCCAGAACAUAAAGCUCCACAGAGAGAGGUACCUGAAGUUAGAGCUGCCCCUGUACCUGGGAGGCCAAUGUUGGUUCCACCAAAAGCCAAAGGCUUCUUACCAGCUCCAGGACAAGAAGAUGCCAAAGUGAAAAGUGGCUUAGGCCAAAAGGGAAUACCCAAGCCUUUGGAAAGGGAGAGACCAUCUCUCCCCAUCACCAGUGCAGAUGUUUCCAAAGAAGCCCUCUAUGUGGCAGUGGCUGAUUUUGAUGGAGAUGAGGAAACCAGCAGCUUUAAAGAAGGGACCUUAUUUGAAGUCCGUGAGAAGAACAACAGUGGCUGGUGGUUCUGCAAAGUUCUUGCUGGUGGGCCAUGUUGGGAAGGCUGGAUUCCUUCCAAUUAUCUCAGAAAAAAGCCAUAGUCCCUUCAUUGUCUUUAUUUUAAAUAGCAGGUCAACAUUCUCCAUUUUAGCAACAAAUAUUUAAUUAGCUUAUUUAUAGUUUUCAUAAGGCUGGCUCUGAAAUUUAAAAAUAAUAACUGGGAUACUAAACAUUCCAUUUGUGUCUUUUCCAAAAGGGAACAAUAAGAUAGAAAUGUCCUCGUAUAGCAGGGCUCACCUUUUGUUCUAUCUCUUGCUAAGUCACUACCUAGACGGUUUUGGUAGGUAGUCCUAUCUCUUUACUAGCUUCUGUCUGGUUUAGGGAAAUUGAUCAAUCACAGUACUUGCUGGCAUUUUUUUAUCCUGUAUAAAUUUUGGAGUAAGUGUCAAAACAGAGGGAUUGAGACUAAAGAACAUUAAAAUAUGUUCUCAGCUUCAAAGUCUUGAAGAAAAAGGCCAUUUUUGCCUUAGCAAAGAAGCAACAUCAAUCCCACUAGCCAAAGAAGAGAAGUAACAGUGGGAAAGCCCUUGAUUUGGACAGUUGUAUUAAGUGUCAUGUGCCAUAUAUCAUCAUCAAAGAUAAAAACAAAUACAUAGCACACAAAAAAGUAGAAAAAAGGGAACCGUGGUAAUUACUACUAUACUUGGGUGAAAGGAUCUAAAAUGAUAAGAGAUUCUUUCUAGUCUUUUGUCUGUAUUGUUUGUCCCUUGCUUCAACCAUCCCUCUGCCAGUAUAGACAUCCCCUGUGUUGCACCUCUUUUGGGUGUCAUGAGCAAACUUGUGCUAGUGCCAUUCCUUGUGCUUCUUGCUGCACCAGCUCUUGUAUAGAUUUAGUUAUCAGCCUUUUAGUCUCAUUUCAAUAAAUAGAGAGGAUCCAGGAUAUGUCUUCUCUAGCUAGAAAGGGCCCUCUCGUGAAAAGUGCCUCCUUCUCCCAAACCACAUUUUCAGGGAUUCCCUGCCCAGUCCCACACUUUAUCCUGUACAAAAAGAUUGGCCAAUCUUUAUCAUGUUUAGGGAGAUGGAGAGGCUGUAAGGGAGGGGGGAAGGGGUUGCUCACUUUCACCAGCCUAAUGACUCACAUCUAGAUUCAACAUAUAGGAUAUUGUGUUAGGUUACUCAUGCUGAUCAGCUGUGAGGACUUGAAUGGUAGAACAUGUUGCUGGUUCUUCACUACCAUAUCCCACUUCAUAUCUUUCCUAUCUGCAUCUGCAAGUAGCUCUCUUCUGUAAUGCCAAUCAUUCCCAGGAUUAGUAGUGACCUGUUGCCAGGAUGGUAGCCCUCUGAUGGGUGCUAAUAAUUUCUAUUGCAGGGUUUUCCAACCUGGAGUUUCCUAAAGCAGUUGUUCUCACAGUGGUGUGAACUGUCUUACUUCUCUUGCCCAGAAGACACAUGUGUGAAUACUCAUCUCUCAGCCAUGAACCAUGGCAAUUUUCUGUCAUGUCAUGAUAGCGAUUCUCAUCCGAAGAAGAGUUGUGUCCAAAAGUAUCUUUUGAUGUGAAGGGACUUCUUAGAAUGUAUGUAUUUGUACUUUGAAACAAGGCAUCAUAUGCAGAAAUGUGCCCUUGUGUGUUUGCCGUAUGUUCCUUUUCAAUAUUUGUGGGAAAACCCAUUUCCUUCUUGCGUAUUCCUUGUGUGUAGUUAAGGGACAAGCACAAGAGAAAUACAUUUGCAUGUGAGUGUCUUCAUUUUUGAAUUUUAAACACAAGAAAUUCUAUAAUCUGAUUUCAACCCUGGACAUCUUCAAACCAAUCUGUAAUGCAGCAGAUAUUUUCUUAAGAUUUUCAGCAAUGGAAACCUGAAUGGAUUUAUAAUGCGUCUAGGAUGUGGCUGAGGUAUAAAUAUUUUACCAUAUGCUUUUUGUUAAGGUUCUUAUUUCAAAAACACUUGCAUGUAUUAUUGUCCUGGAUUCAGCUAGAUUGGAUUCCCAUAGGCUGAAUCUCACUAAACUACUCAAGCCUACCUACAACAUGAACUCUUUCUUUAUAUGCACUGCUUUUAAAGAAUUUUGAGACACUCAAAUUUGUUCCAGCUUUAAAUUUGCCUUCACUACUUGAAGUUUUUGUACUUGCCUUUUCCCCAGGGUAUAUUUGUUUGGCUACUACUAUGCUAGUCACUUUUAAAUGCUUAUUGUAUUGGUUUUUUAAUGGCCAUUUGAUAAUUAAAUCUUUGGUCUUGUUAUGGUAAAUAGUUAGGACUCAGUUUUGGAGACCUUAUGCCUGUGGGAGUGAUGGGACCCAUUCUUCAUAUCUCAUAGUUCUCACAGCUGUUGCCUUCACUUCCUUCUUGAUACCACCAAAGCAAUCCUUUAACAAUCUGCUGCCCAAUAAUAUCAACUCCUUGCAUAAUUAAUCUGUAUCUCCCUACUAUCUUGUUUGCUCUAUAUGUAGUAGCAACACUACAGCAUGCAUUCCAAAUAGCUUAAUACCAAAACAAGUGUUGUUAUACAUUUAUUCUCCUUCUGUCUUUCCCUCCACACCUUUCUGGGCUGAUUCUCUUCUCAAAAGCCUUUCCUUUUCCAUUUUCCUAGAUGUAAAGGCACAGUAGGAAAUUCCCUUGCUGUACACUUCUCUCCUUUCUUCCUUUCUAUUCUUGGUAAAAUCUUGACAGGCUAAGGACCUCGAUCCGGUUUAUCCUCUGGUCUGCUUGAGCACUGUGAAUGAAAAAAGUUCACAGGCAUACAUCGGUGCCUCACUUUUUAUUAUUGCCUGAAACACACAAUGAUUCUGGGCCGCCUUGCUGUGGGAGUAUGAGAAGACAUGAACUGACAUUGAUCUCAAUGCUUUGUUCUCCUCUUAUGUAAGACAGGAAAGUCAUUCUGUAUUCCACAGCCGCUCAGUAUUACAUUUUCUACCCAUUUACCUUUCACCCAGCCUAUUGACCAUUGUUGCAGUAACUUUGAGAGUAACUGUUGUUCAAUGUGACCUUUGAGCGUAAGUGUUGUUUUGUGUGUGGUUAAGGGACAUUCAGCCUCUUGCUUACCAACGUGAGCUUUACAGCCAUCUGCCUAACAUGUUCUGGCAAGGUGGAAGGCUGCCUAGAUGGCCGUAUGCUCAUGUGCAGUCUUUUGUCUAUUAUUAUGUAAACUUGUAUCAACCUGUACGUAACCGAUGGGUGGGGUGGAGAAGGGAAGGGUGGGAUCAUGUAUUCUUCCAUCAUAAAAGAAUGAAGUUUGUUGCUUUUUUAAAGUAAAGAAAUAAAAAAUAGGCUUGACUGGUUUCAAGCAGAAUUGUUACAAA